AUGGUCAACCAAAGUUCCCCAGGGAACUUGCUCCUGCAUUUCUCUGCAUAUCUGGGGCUUGAAAGAAUCCUCUUCAUGGUUGUCUUGAUUUCUUACCUCCUGACUCUGGUGGGCAACACACUCAUCAUCCCGCUGUCUGUGCUAAACCCCAGGCUUCACUCUCAAAUGUACUUUAUCCUCUCCAGCCUCUCCUUCUUGAACCUCUGCUUCACCACAAGCUGUGUCCCCCAGAUGCUGGCCAACCUCUGGGUCCCAAAAAAGACCAUCAGUUUUGGCUGCUCUGUUCAGCUCUUCAUCUUCCUGUUCCUGGGGACCACUGAGUGCAUCCUCCGGAUAGUGAUGGCUUUUGACUGCUACAUGGCCAUCUGCUAGCCCCUCAACUAUGCCACCAUCAUUCACCCUUGCCUGUGCUGACAGCUAGCAGCUGUGGCCUGGGUCAUUGGGUUGAUCAAGUCAAUGGUCCAGAUAACACCCACUCUCUCCCUGCCUCUCUGCCCCCACCAGCAGGUGGAUGCUUUUCUGUGUGAGAUCCCAACUUUAAUUUGACUCUCUUGUGGGGACACCACCUAAAAUGAAAUCCAAAUGACUGCUGCCAUUGUCUUCAUCUUGGUUGUGUCCCUCAGCCUCAUCUCUGUUUUUUAUGGUGCCAUUGCCCAUGCAGGGAUGAGGAUUAACUCUGCCAAAGAGUAG